AGUCAAUAGUUGUGGUCUUCAUGUAAUGGCUGCCCCCUGUGUAUUUGGUAAAAUCAUUUAUUUAUUUUGAAAAAAAGUAGAUUUAUAGCAUCAGCGAGAGCUUACCUGUUAAAUUUUGUUGAUAGAAUUAUACCAUACAGUGCCGAGAUGACGGAAGUCAACGGCGUAAAUGAUACCGAGGAAACAAAAUCCCAUGUUAAAAGUCUGCCAUCAGAUUACAGUGAUGUUCAGUCAAGAUCAUAUGAUCCUGAGUAUAUCUCAGACAUAAGUAACAAAAUGCAGGUACCAGAUCGUAUAUCAAUGGGAGAACCAAACGAUCUUCCCUACAUACCAAAACAAAAUGGAAGAAUGAGUGACAUGCAUGUACCAGACAGAAUUAUUUUAGCAGGUGAAGACAAACAUAUAGGAUUAAAAGAAGGUCUACGAGAAUUAGAGUUAAAUAAAGUUCCUUCUGCCGAUACGUACGCUUAUGUUGGUCUUCUGACCCCACCACGAACUUUAACACUUGAGGAGCGCUUUCCAGUGGUAGAAGAUAAUGUUGAGAAACACAACCAGUUGCAAAUACAGAAAAAUGAUUCUAAUAACAGCCAUUUUUACAACAGCACGGCACCCUUGCCUUACACUCCAGGUUAUUCACCCAACGACUCCAUCUUGGUUAAUGAGGAAGACGAAGCUACUGUAUUACGGACACAUGUUGCUAAAUUAUCCAGAAGAAUAGCAGUAAUGGAACAAGACAACCAGAGACGAUCUCAGCGAGAAGUGUUCCUCUAUCCUAUGGUUAUGGGUUAUUUCGUUCUGCGUUUUUUCUUUUGGUUUUUCAAAAGUAAAUGAUGAUAUUGCAGCAACUAGGAUCCAAUUUGUUACGAGUUUUGCAAAUUUAAUAGAGGUUUUCCCCAUUUUUCAGUAACCCACAUUUUUGGUAGGGUGCAUAUUCUACAGUUCACAAUGUAACAAAAACAAAUUAAACUUUAAACAAUGAAAUUGAUAAGGAUGCUAUAAACUGAUCGCCAGAUGUUUAUCAAAUUUUCUCCAUAUUUAUCAAAUUUUCUCCAUAUUCAUUUUCUAAUAUUUACUAAACUUGCAUUUCGUAAUUAAUAAUAUAAUUCCUUGGGAAGAAUUAUCUUAAGUAAUGUGUUAGGCAUAUACACAAUAGAGACAUUUGGCAAGCGUAAAUUCCUGGUCUGUAUUGCGUAUCCUUAAGGAUUUUGCGUGUGACUUCAUCAAUGUGUGUGUAUUUGUCAUACGUGAUACGGCACAUGGAUACGGCAGCAUGUAUUGAACAGCUUUUCUCAGGAUUUUAAAAAUGUAUUCUUCCUGUCUGUCUGCAUGCUGGUUGAUCUACAUGCAAAAUUUGGGGAGAUGGGACCUUGCAAAUCUAUAAAUGAUGUGGUUCUGUGGUAAAGGGGUAUAAACUUUCUGAAAUGAUAUAUUAGUGAAAUGCAACAUUGCUGUUGAGUCGAAGUGAAAGAUUUUUAAUAAGAUUCGACAUUAAUUUUUUUUAUAAUAGCUCAGCGACUUCACUCCCUCCAGGAAUUUGUAGGUUAGGCACUUGACUAGUACUGAUGGUGAUCUUGUUAGAUAACUACCAUCAUGCUGUAAUAGAACUAAGUUCUGCUGAGCGACUCAUACGUAUGCUGCGCGUAAAUCUUCCAAAACUCUGCAACUGUUUUGACAGAACAUAUCCGUAUCUGAUACGUGAUACAGAUGGGAAAAAUUCUGCUUUUCAAAAGUCUCUAAUGCAUAUGUGACUUACACUGGAUGACACAAAUCAAGAAGACUAUCAAUGUUUGGUACAUUUGAAAAGAAGCCAUGAGUAACUAGAUCUAUAAUUUGUGAUAACACAGAGAUCAGUCUACUUUAAGAAUACAUCUCAACCGUCUUAUGGUACAUUAUUUAUGUAAGGAAAAAGUGAUAGAUCGAAAAAUUAGUUUACUAUUCUUUUAUGUGGUUCGAAUCUGUUUUACAUCUUUUUCAUACACAAAGACUAAAAAAACAUUUUCAAUCUCAUUUAAUAUGUCAAGAUUCCUGAGGUAUAUUUAGUGUUUUCGAAUAAAUUCGUUGAUGUAGAAAUGAAUGUGUCAGGCAACCAGCUUCAAUGGUUUUGUACAAAUAGCUGUGUGCAAUUGUGAUGGUAAAAACCACUUAGCUGGAUUCUUAGUUUCAUGAUUAGACGGUUGAAAUUAAAUUAAAAUUAGUUAUCAAUGGUAAAAGUAGUAAGAUUAUAGAAAAUCUAUGUGUGUUACUGAAAUUUGGAUGAAAAGAGAACUGUAAAUGUUUUGAAAAUAUAUACCCUAAUCUAGUCGUUUGUGGUUUGAUUUUAUAUAAUCAUUGAGAAUCAUACACUUGUGAAAAAAAAUGUUGGAUGCCAUAUCAAAUUACCACUUCUCGAAAAUUGGGCCAUUCUACAUUCAUUUGGAAUACAUAUGUGAGCAAGGAAUAUUUAAAACCCUUGACACAUGAGACACAAACACAACUGUUAUUGUAAAGUACAAUAAUUCAUAUCUUUCCAUAGGGUAUUCAAUUUGCCAUCUUCAAAAUUGGUGCAAAAUUUGAAAUAACAUUUUAUAUGGAGGACCAAGAUUAUAAGUAGCUGUUUGUUUUUGAGUCAUCUUGGUUGAGGUCUUGGACUACAGCAUGCCAAUUGGGUAUUGGUUCAAUUGAUGUGUAUAUUAAUUUGUCUUUCAAGAAUACCAGAGCUCAAUUUAGGUUACCUAGAAGCAAAUAGCUACAAUGUAAUCAGAAUUUUCUAUGCAUAAGUUAGAUUUGUUUUGAAAAUAAUUUUAGUCUUAACUUGAGGUAUGUAUUAUACAUGUACAUGUAGUCUGAUAUAUACAGUAUCUAAAUGUUAUUUAAUACUUGAACUACCUAAGUUUGUCACAAGAUGCCGGUUUUGAAAACUUAUUAGCAAAACUCACCACUGACGACAACUGAGGACUGCCCGUUCGCAAAAUAUAUAUAUAAUUUUUGAACUGCUUACUCUUGUUUUCCUCAUGACAAGCUCUGUUUUUAUUCGCCCACAUUUUCAUGUGGACAUAUAAUGCCGUCGCCCCUGUCCGUCCGUCCUCAUUUUGUUUGUGGAAUGCAUGUUUAUAUCCCAAAGAUCUUGGUUCCUUUCGAUAUUUGAGCAUAUUAUUAUAACACCGUUACACCCUAAUGAUGGUUGAGUUCGAAUUUCGUGAAAAUCGGACCAAACCAGCCAGACAAAAGGGCUGCCCCUUGUACGCAAAUAGUGUAAAAUAUGGUAUAUCAAGGUUGUGGACCCUUUACAGAUCACAAUUUUUAUCUGAUUUUGACGAAACUUGAAAUAUGGGUCUGUCUCCCAAAGGUCUUGGUUCCUUUCGAUAUUUGCAUGUAUCGGACCAUAACCUCCUAGAUUAUGGCCCCUGAUUGUACGAAAAAUCAUGUUUUUUAGCUUGUGGGUUCUCUAGAGGUUACAAUUUUUAUCUGAUUUUAAAAACCGUUUAAAUACAUCACCAUUCUACCAUAAGGAAGGUUGAGUUUGAUGAAACUUAAUAAUCUUUAUAUCCCAAAGAUCUCGGUCCCUUUCGAUAUUUGCGCAUUUCAGACCAUAACUUUCUGGAUUAUGGCCGUUGAUUGUAAUAAAAAAAACGCUUUUGUUUUGCGCCUGUUCUCUAUCCAUUUCUUGUAAAAUGUGUAUCUUGCCUGGCAACUGCUGGUAUAUUGUAAAAUUAUAGUUUAAUUGUUUAAUAUUUAUGAAAUAAUCCAAAUAGAAAAUAUUAAAUUAAAAAGAACUUUAUCUAGUUAAACUGAAAAGUCAGCAUACUCGACCAUUGCUAAUUAUUAUAAUUAAAGCUAUAAUGGGUGUGAAUAUUAAGGUCACUUUUAAUGAAAUGUUCAUUUUUUGAUGCCAGUAAACAGUAUUUUAAUAAAUUAUUCCUUCAUACUUAUCUUAUAUAAAUUACAAUAUCCAUGUCAAUUUAAUUAAAUAUAUUAAGUGUUUGUUUGUAUAUGAAUUGAAAUUCCUGACAAAUUUCAGUAUGUAGAAUAUAUUAUAAAUGCAACUUAUAAUCCAAAUUCAAAAUUUACUCAACCCAUCAGUUGAAAAACAAGACAGUAAUGUCAUUGACUGACCUAGUAAAUCCACCAAUCCCUAUUUCUCAUGUAACCAUAGAGAAAUAACUUCCUUGGUUAAACUUGAUGGUAAAUGGAAUGCAGAUAAUACCAACUUGAUAAUACAUAUUAUUUUAACAUUAUAGGAAAUUAAUUUGUUAAUUUUGCUUUGAGUGAUGGAGUUAGUGUGUGUGUGUGUGUGAUGGUUGUAUUGUGGCAGUAAAGUCAUUAAAAACAAAUCUUGUAUUCAUAGUGUAUAAAGCUUUAGUAUGUAUAAAUCAGUGCUUAUAUAAAGCUUGUAUAUAUAAUAAUAGUGAUCAAUUAGAUGUAAAUUUUGUCAUUUGUACAUUGUAGAUAUUUUGGUUUCUAAAACCCAGUUCUGUAUUUAGUCAGGUCAGAUUUACAUGUGAUAGUUACUGACUUCAUUGAUUAUUUUAUUGUCAAUUAAUCUUUGGUAUACUGGUAGUACUAUACUUUAGUUACCGGUAUGUUUAAUUAAACCUAGUUGGUGCGAUAUUUGUUCAGUGCAGUACUUUUGGCCCCCACAGAUUUUAUUCAGCACAAUUCUAUAUUAGUCAAUCAUCUAGAGUGUUGUGUCAUCUUCUAAAUUGACUGCAAAAUCAUAUUUAAAUGCAAUGAUGCCAGUUUGGGUCCAAAUGUGUUUGUACACUGCAUAAAAUAUACAAAAUCCUGAAUAUACUAGGCUGUUUAAUUGUGGAAAAUAUUGCAGCACUAAAUUAUUUGUUUGAUCCAACUCAUUUAGUGCUAUAUUUCUUGGUUCAGUUGCAUAUUUAUUAUUGUAUACACGCUUAGUAAAUAAUUUCUCCUAGACAUAGAAAACCUCUACUAUUUCUCCAAUGUAUCUUUAAUUUUGCUUUUUUUUUCGAUUUCUAUUACACAUACUGCUUACAGUUUAUUGUAUACUAAAAAAAGCAAAAUGUCUUAUCUGAUUGGAGGUUGGGUGGCCAAAUGGUUUAAUGUGUUAGAUUACAAGGUUUGUCAUUGAGUCAAGUGAUGUGGUUUAGAUACCAUGCUUGUACGUGACUUGGAGUAGGAUCAUCUGUCCAACAUAAUCAGCAGUGGCAACGUGAGAUGCAUUGAACAUCACAGGCCAAUAGCCCGUUCAGAAGCUUAUUUUUAAACCAGUUCAUAAUCGCUGGGGUUUUUAAGACAGCAUCGUGUUGCGUUCACACGUACUAUAAGCCAAACCAGUUUAACUAUUCUGACCUCUUCGGUCGGAGGUUAGAGUUAACUGCGCAUUGGUAGAUUCAUAUUCCUUAUUCGGUUCUCGCACGCUUUCGAUAACAUUGGCACUGUCUGACCCAAUAUUUUCACAGGAAUGUAACUAACUGCGUACUGCGCAUGCUCGAAGCAAGCUGGAGCUGGGGUUUUUAAGCCAACCCGUUCAGACGGCUAAGAUGAACCAGUUUAAAAUAAAAAGCCUUCUCGAAGACAGGUCGCGAGCAGGGGUUUUUAACAUGGUUUAUUUGCCCCACAUUUGCGUUCAGACGCUAAAGUUAAACUGGUUUAACAAUCCCCAGGGUUUUUAAACCAGUUCAACUUAAGCGUCUGAACGGGCUAUAACUUAACUUUGUGUUGGUCCCAAAAUAAGAAUGGGUCAGGUAGCUCUAUUUAAGUAGUGCAGGAUUAUCUGAGAACCAGAAUAUUUAUUUUAUUUGGUGGUAUGUUGAAUGGACAUAACUCUCUCAUUUAAAAAUACCAAAAAUAAAUACUGGCUGUAUUAAAUUCAAGCCUUUCAAGUUACUAGGGCAUUGCAUACACACAAAAGGCUGGUUUAAAAAAUUGUGAAGCCUUUUAAGGUUUCACACUUGAUAUGUUUAUUUCUGUAUUGAUAUUUAAUUGUUUAUUUGGGCACAUUUCUACAUUUGAAGAUCUUUACUAAACUAUGUUCAGGCUUUGUAAUGGUAUCAGUAUUGUCAUAUCUAGAAAUUAGGAAAACAUGCUAAUUAAUAUUUGGGCAUUAUGUCUCUUAUAUUCAUGUUAUUGAAAGGAAUAUGAGGAAACAGUCCAUGUUUUUUUGUAAGCCACUUUUAUCCAGUAUAAUAUUAUCUGAUGUAUGAAGUGGUUGUAUGUAUUUUGAAAUAUUAAUAAUUUAUGUAAAUAAACCCAAUAAAAACAUUUUAAAAUCU